AAGCGUAUAACGCAUACCAAGUACAUUACCGCACAAUAUUUUGAAUUGCUGUUUUGGUUAAAAUGAGAGCGCUAUUGACAAACAGAAAAACUGCUGGUAGAAAUCAACUUUGUCAAGUCACAAAUGUCAUAAUAGCAUAAUAUAUUUUAUUUAGCAUAACGCAUUAAAACAAUAAAAGCUUGUUUGUUUUUCAUUUGUAAUGCGAAUAUUUUGUUAGUUUACGUUUUAAAAAUGGAGAGAUUAGAUUCAAAUAAAUUAAUUAGUUUAAUAAAAAUGCAUCCUGAGCUAUACAGUAGAGCAUCUAGUAGCAGUAAUGCCACGGAUUUUAGAGCAAAAGCAUGGAAAAGUAUUGCUGAAAAAAUGAAUGUUGAUAUUAAAAUUAUUCGAAGUAGGUGGAAAUCGCUCCGUGAUACGUUCCAAAGAUGUUUAAAAAAGGCACGAGAAUCUGAAACCGAUAGUGUAACUAUAGGUUGGCCAUAUUUUGAAAAACUUUUAUUCCUGAAAGAUUAUGUCGGGCAAAAAAGAUCUUAUCCUUUUGAAACUGCCAAAGAAUUGAUCACAGAAGAGUACAACGAAAGUGACCCCAUAAAUUACGAAGAAAAUGUAUAUAUAGAGAAGGAAGCUCAUGAAAGUUCUGAUAUUCCUUUAAAUGUACCACAAAAAUAUGAAUCUGAAGAUUGGACUCAAUUUGAUCAAGAAGAUUUAAGAACAACUCCAACAAGUUUUGAAAAAGUUAGUUUUGAAGAUGAGAAAUCUGAGAAAUUCUUAGUUACCCAGAGUACAUCAAAAAGAAAGUCUGAUAGUUAUGAUGAACCUUCAAAUAAAAGAUUAAUAUUGCAAGAAAAUGAUAUUUUGGACAAAAAAAUAACACAGUGUAUUGACAUAUUUAAAGAAAAAUUGGAAAAAAGAAAAGAUGCAACAGAUAAUUUUUGUGAAUUCCUAAGUUCAAUUAUAAAGCAAUGGCCAACGCGAGAACAAUGUGAAACAAUAAAAUAUUUGACAGAAUAUGUAAUGGAAAAACACCUAGAUGUUGUAAACAAUUGAAAAAUUUAAUAUUAGUUAUGUAGAAUCUAUUGUACAUAUUUAAAAUAAAGCACCAUACUACAGAAAUUUAAUUCUGUUCUCAUUAAUGUACAAUACAAAAUUUAUUAACGUACUUAGGUCAAU